UCCUAACGGUAAGUUUGGUGAGAAUUGUACCCAGACCUGCGCAUGCAACAUGACAAACACAGAUAUUUGUGACAAGGUCACCGGAACAUGCCAAUGCAAGCAAACCUGGACAGGAACUACUUGCAACGAGGAUGUUGACGAAUGCAAUCCGGGUGGAUCCUUUUCAAAUCCAUGCGCGGUAAAGCAGCAUACAACAUGCAACAAUACAUAUGGAUCUUAUGAAUGCAAUUGUAUUUCUGGCUAUUAUGAAGACGCUACUGGCUGUGUAGAUAUAAAUGAAUGUUUAACCCAAUCCGGAAUAUGCACGCAAGAUUGUUCGAACACCCCUGGUUCAUACACAUGUGUUUGUUCGCCGGGAUUUUCUGGAGAUGGCGUUACGUGUACACCAUGUGCGAGUAACACAUACGGCGACAACUGUACGAAUGUAUGCGACUGCGUCGAAGCGAACGCUAACAACGUGACACAAGUAUGUGACGCAGCAACAGGAGCAUGUGAUUGCAAAGCAACAUGGACAGGAACUAAAUGUGAUGCGGACGUGGACGAAUGCGCUGAUCCAACAAAGUUCACAUGUUUUGCAAAUUCUAGCUGCUCGAACAAAAUGGAGGGUUAUGACUGUGUAUGUAACCUAGGCUUUUCAACUGUGGAAGGUGGAUGUUCAGCAUGUGAUUCCAACCAUUACGGUGACAACUGUGCGCUUGAAUGCAACUGUGGUAUCGGGUCUUCUCGAUGUGACAGUGAAACAGGAUGCGUAUGCAUAUCAGACGGUUGGAGUGGAGCCAAAUGUGACCAGGAUACGGACGAAUGUGCCAUAGGAACUCAUAAUUGCACAGAAACCAACGGACAAUGUAGAAACACCCCCGGAUCAUUCGUAUGCGAGUGUUUACCUGGAUAUCAAAUAAAUGCAGAAAAUAUAUGUGAAGCCUCCAAUGAAUGCUCCAACAGCAGCUAUUGUAGUGACAACGCUGAUUGUGCCAAUAUCGGUGGGACGGACACGUGUACCUGUCAUACGGGUUUCCAGUUCCUGUCCGAAUCAGUUACGAUUUGUGAAGACAUCAAGGAAUGCGAUUCAACUCCCUGUACCCAAGAGUGUAUAGAAAAGGUUGGCUCAUACGAAUGUGUCUGUAACCAGGGCGGAUUCAAACUGGAUGCAGAUGGCACAACAUGCAUAGAAUGUCCCCAAGGAGAGUACGGUCCGAACUGCACCGAAUCAUGUGACUGUAUUGAAGCAAAUACUGACAGAUGCGACCCUGUAGACGGCACAUGCGUUUGCAAGUCAGGAUAUAGCCUAAUCGAUUGUUCAGGUGACAUAAACGAAUGUGAUGAUGAAUCGGCAGUAUGUCCUACUAAUUCCGAAUGUAUCAAUAUACCUGGAUCGUAUGUUUGUAACUGCAAUAAUGGAUAUUUGAAAACUGCAGCAGGCCUAUGUCAAGAAUGUCCUAACGGUAAGUUUGGUGAGAAUUGUACCCAGACCUGCGCAUGCAACAUGACAAACACAGAUAUUUGUGACAAGGUCACCGGAACAUGCCAAUGCAAGCAAACCUGGACAGGAACUACUUGCAACGAGGAUGUUGACGAAUGCAAUCCGGGUGGAUCCUUUUCAAAUCCAUGCGCGGUAAAGCAGCAUACAACAUGCAACAAUACAUAUGGAUCUUAUGAAUGCAAUUGUAUUUCUGGCUAUUAUGAAGACGCUACUGGCUGUGUAGAUAUAAAUGAAUGUUUAACCCAAUCCGGAAUAUGCACGCAAGAUUGUUCGAACACCCCUGGUUCAUACACAUGUGUUUGUUCGCCGGGAUUUUCUGGAGAUGGCGUUACGUGUACACCAUGUGCGAGUAACACAUACGGCGAAAACUGUACGAAUGUAUGCGACUGCGUCGAAGCGAACGCUAACAACGUGACACAAGUAUGUGACGCAGCAACAGGAGUAUGUGAUUGCAAAACAACAUGGACAGGAACUAAAUGUGAUGCGGACGUGGACGAAUGCGCUGAUCCAACAAAGUUCACAUGUUUUGCAAAUUCUAGCUGCUCGAACAAAAUGGAGGGUUAUGACUGUGUAUGUAACCUAGGCUUUUCAACUGUGGAAGGUGGAUGUUCAGGAAUAAAUUGCACGGUACCAUCUGUUGCAAAUGCGAACAAAUCGCCGAAUCGUAUGACCGUCAAUUAUGGAGUUUCUGUCACAUUCACAUGCAUCAGCGGUUUUGACCUUACCGGUGAGGCAACAAUUAAAUGCUUAUCCAAUGCAACCUUCGGGGCCUCCGUUCCAUCCUGCGCAGCUACAACUCGAGCAAAUUGCGGUCUUCACCUCGCAUUUGGCACAAGUGUGGGCGAUACAACAAGCCCAAAGUCAGAUGACAGUUGUCGAGUCGAAAUUGCAACAAACUAUAACAUACCUUUCAUACGUGGCGCGGGAUAUAGGCGGGUUUAUAUUUGUCCAAAUGGACUUAUGUGUUUUGGUCGGAAGUACGAAGGAUAUACAAUACCGCAAAGAAAUAGAGUAGUAAACUCAGAGUUUACGGGGUCGUUUUGUCUUGCUCCUUAUUUUACUGACUUAAAUCCUUAUAGCGCCGGAGAUGUAUUUUACCAAGUUUACGAUAGCCUCAGCUCCGAUGUCAACCAGACAGUUUAUUCUAAAGUAAAGGCUUUAGUUGAAGCUCAGUAUAACACCACGAACUUCCUGCCACAGUACAUUGUCAAAGCCACGUGGGAUCAAAUUCCCCGAUUUGGUGGCCCUACUGCAGAGACAGUGACAUUUCAAGCUAUCUACACCACGGACGGUACCCAUGCGUAUGCACUUUACUCUUACCAGUCAGGUGGUAUGAAAUUCGAAAAUGGUGAUCAAUUUAUAGGGUAUAUCAACGAUGGCUAUGCGUUCGGGGAAUUUGACACUUCGACUGAUGGCUCAUUUUUACGCCGACCGGAUGAAAAUUUGGAACUUGGUGCUUCAGGUUGCAUCGGUGGGGCAACAUAUGACGUUUCAGCAGAUAAAGCGGCUCUACAAAAUAGUAGAUUAGAAUGUCUUGCAUGGCAUAAAAAAGAAUCUGGCCAAAGACAAAAUUAUAUUAAUCAAUUAAACCGAAUGCCACUAUGUCCUUGCUUUUUCGAGUUCAUUUGGUGGGAUCCGCGGUUUAGUUUAUGGGAUUAUGAGUGGCAAAACGGAUAUGAGGUCAUCAUCGUUCCAUUUAUUACAAGUCGGAGGUCUGUCUUCUAUCCGAACGGAAAGAACUGUGCAUAUAACUGGCGCACAUGGUCUUUUAUCGGCUCAGGAAAAUGGGCUGGCACAUUUACAAGAUACAGCCCAUUUGUUGAUCGUCGAAGUUAUGCAAUCGAGAACACGUACUAUAAACGUGUUUGCUGCGAUUAUGCCGAUCUUUGCGAAAAGUAUUGGGACGUAAGGCCUGUACCUCAAUCGUGUUAUACAAGGUCGCCAUUUACUUUGAGAGCUCGUGGUUCUGGUGAUCCCCAUAUUAAUACAUUAGAUGGAAAAGGCUAUACAUUUAACGGCCACGGUGAAUACCAGUUGCUUAAUAUCCCUUCAUCAAAUUUGACCAUACAGAGCAGAACAGAUCGUGCCGUUAAGGCAGAUGGCAACCCAUCAGAAGCGACGGUGUUUUCCGGGUUUGCUGUUCAAGGAGAUGAAGUUUGGGCUCAGGCGGAACUCAAUGCAGCCAAAACAGGAAUUUUGCUGUUCGUUGGCAACAACAAAAGUAGCUGGUCCGAUUUUACGGACACGUACAACAAUGAAACUGCAGAAAUAGUGAUAAGAAACUACGAAGGCAUUAUAGUGUCUGUGUCCCGAAAUGACUCGGGGGCAAUAAAAACCAGAAUUUCGAUUGUUUUGUCCGAUUUAGGCGUCACUUUCAACGUUACACUUGGCUCAAGGCUUCUUCAGAUGGGUAUAAGUAUGAACGCCGAUUUGAAGAACAAAGACGCAGUGGGUCUUCUGGGCAAUUACAACGAUGAUCCAGAUGAUGAUCUUGUGCCUAGAGAGGGAAGUGGGCCGAUUACAGACACAUCUGAAAGUAACAUAUUCCAGGCGUUUGGACAGACAUGGAUGACGACUGAAACAGAGUCCAUAUUCAAAUAUGAUGAAGGGAUUACACACAGUGAUUUUUCUCAUCCGGAGUUUACACCGCAGUUUUUGGAGAAAGCGAAUCAAACCAUGGUACAAGAGGCGAAUACAACAUGCAAUGGAAAUAUCCAGUGUAUGUUUGAUUUUGUGUUUACCGGGGACAGACAACUCGCAUUGCAAACCGGAAGUACUGAGGAAUUAGCAGAUGAAGCAAUUGCAGACGCAAGUAACGUGGUACCAAAUAUAACAGUUGUAUCAGGACUUACAACAAAUGAUGAAACCGGCCAGCACUUUUUACACGUUGAAAAGGACACAGAAGCUAGUUUCAUAGUAAACGGAGAGGAUGACGGAACAAUUACAUAUGAGUUUGCUGACAAUACUGACAACGUAGCAACAUUUUCGGAUCCUGCCUCAGGAAAUGGGAAGGAAAUAAAGUUUACCUUAAGUAGCAUUGAUGUCGUGAAAGUCAGCGUCUUUGUUCGUGAUGACAAAAACGUAACCUCCUCAGAAAUUGAGGUCACAAUCAUCUACUGCAAUGGUUGUACUGGAAACGGCCAGUGUAAUUACAAUAGUCACAGAGAAGGAGAGGGAACAGAUAGCUUCCGAAUUGCCGUGUGCGAAUGCCCUUUAAAUUGGGAAGGGAAUGACUGCGAAACGGAUUUUAACGGUUGUGCAUCCGACCCUUGUGCUCUUGGUCAGAAUUGCUCGGAUGUUCUUGCUGCCGAUCACACAGAGAAUGGAGAGGCGUAUAACUGCAGUGAUUGUCCGGAUGGAUACGCUGUCGUAGGAACAAAAUGUGAAGAUAUUGACGAGUGUAAUACCACCACUCCGUGUGAUUCCAACAGUGUUUGCACCAAUACGCCCGGGGGUUACUACUGCACGUGUAAUGCGGGCUUUAGGCUUUCAACUUCAAAUAAAACAGUUUGCCUUGAUAUAAAUGAGUGUAACGAGGCUACAUCUGGAUGUGAUCAAAUCUGUGAAAACACAGCUGGUUCCUUCGCAUGCAGUUGUUUCACGGGGUUCAUCCUGUCGGGCUCUGCGUGUACUGCAGUGACUCCCCCUGAUGCAUGUAAUGCAACCGACUGUAGCGGUGCAGUUGGGUGCACGACGAACGCCGACAGCAAUGCAAGGUGCUUCUGUAACGCAGGAUAUAGCCUCAUAGCAGAAAAUAACACUUGUACAGAUACAAAUGAAUGUGACAAUGGUCCUUGCUCCCAAACCUGCUCGAAUUCUGAGGGUAGUUUUAUCUGUAGCUGCCUGACAGGAUAUCAACUGGGGGCAGACCGAGUGUCCUGUACACAAUGUCCCUAUCCAACCUUCGGUGAAAACUGUGAAUCUACCUGCCGAUGUGGAAGAGGGGCAAAUAGAUGCGACUCCGUCAGGGGAUGCGUCUGCAAUUCUGGAUGGCAGGGGGUCAACUGCGAUGCUGAUAUUGAUGAGUGCGAUACGCCCAAUGUUUGUAACGAUGCCAACAAAGAAUGUGCCAAUACUAUUGGGUCUUACACGUGUUCAUGUCGAAGUGGUUAUAACAAAGACGCGAACGGAACAUGUCUUGACGUUAACGAGUGUGAGUCAGACCAGCUGAACACGUGCGAACAGACGUGUACCAACUCACCCGGAAGUUUCGUCUGCUCCUGUAACACGGGGUACAAUGUGGAUCCUGGCAACGCUUUGCGAUGUGUCGACUAUGAUGAGUGUGAUGCAGGAGUUUCCGGCUGUCAGCAGAAAUGCCUUAACUCAGUUGGAAGAUUCAGCUGCGAAUGUUAUUUCGGAUACCGUUUAAAUGAGGACAGGAAAACCUGUUACCAAGUGCAAGACGUGUGUGCUGCAGAAUUCCCCGACUUUGGUUGCUCACAUAUAUGUAAGGUAGAAAACCAGCAGGCCUUCUGUCUGUGUGAAACGGGCUAUGAGUUGUCUACUGAUAACAAAACAUGCAUAGAUAUCAACGAGUGUUUGAGAAGCGACUCCUGCUCAGAUACGUGCACCAAUAAAGACGGCGGUUAUGACUGUGCAUGUCCUAGUGGCAAAAAACUUGCAAAUGACGAAAGAACUUGCACGGUAUGUGACUUAAACCAUUACGGUGACAACUGUGCUCUUGAUUGCAACUGUGGUAUCGGGUCUUCUCGCUGUGACAGUCAAACAGGAUGCGUAUGCAAAUCAGACGGUUGGAUUGGAGCCAAAUGUGACCAGGAUACGGACGAAUGUGCCAUAGGAACACAUAAUUGCACAGGAACCAACGAACAAUGUAGAAACACCCCCGGAUCAUUUGUUUGCCAGUGUUUACCUGGAUACCAAAGAAAUACAGAAAAUAUAUGUGAAGAUAUUGAAGAGUGUAUAAUUCCGUCACUGAAUACAUGUAGCCAACAGUGUGAGAACGUGCUUGGAUCUUUUACGUGCAGCUGUCAUGAUGGCUUCACGGAGUCGGGCAAUUCUUGCAAUGAUGUUAACGAAUGCUCAACAAGUACUCACGGCUGUGGACAAACUUGCGAAAACACAAUCGGAAGCUACCGAUGCACUUGUAAUGAUGGGUACAGACUGGACCUUACAGACUUCAAAACUUGCAUUCCCUCCAAUGUAUGCUCCAACAGCAGCUAUUGUAGUGACAAUGCUGAUUGUGUCAAUAUCGAUGAACUGGACACGUGUACCUGUCAUACGGGAUUCCAUUUCGUGUCCGGAUCUGUGACGAUUUGUGAAGACAUCAAGGAAUGCGAUUCAGUUCCCUGUACCCAAUUGUGCAUAGAAAGAAUUGGCUCAUUCGAAUGUGUCUGUAACCAGACCGGAUUCAAACUGGAUGCAGAUGCCACAACAUGCAUAGAAUGUCCCCAAGGAGAGUACGGUCCAAACUGCACAGAAUCGUGUGCUUGUAUCGACGCAAAUACUGACAGAUGCGACCCUAUAGACGGCACAUGUAAUUGCAAGUCGGGGUAUAACCAAACAGAUUGCUCUAAUGACAUAAACGAAUGUGAAGAUGGAUCAGUAGUUUGUCCAACUAAUUCCGAAUGUAGCAAUAUGCCUGGAUCGUAUAAUUGUAACUGCAAAAGUGGAUAUUUGAAAACUGCAGUAGGCCAAUGUCAAGAAUGUUCUAAAGGUAAGUUUGGUGAAAACUGUGCCCAGACCUGCGCAUGCAACAUGACAAACACAGAUAGUUGUGACAAGGUCACCGGAAAUUGCCAAUGCAAGCCUGUCUGGAAUGGAACUUCUUGCAACGAGGAUGUUGACGAAUGUAAUAUGGGUAGUCCCGGUCCAUGCGCGGUAAAAAAGAAUACAACAUGCAACAAUACGUAUGGAUCUUAUGAAUGCAAUUGUGUUUCUGGUUAUCAGGAAGACGCUACUGGCUGUGUAGAUAUAAAUGAAUGUUUAACCCAAUCCGGACUAUGUAAUCAGGAUUGCGUGAACACCCCUGGUUUAUACACAUGUGUUUGUUCCCCGGGAUUUUCUGGAGAUGGCGAAACAUGUACACUCGUGACCUGCAAUGUGUCAAACGUUCCUAACGCGAUUGCUAACCAAUCAGUGGUUGACGUCAACAACUCCGUAACAUACGAAUGUAACGCAACAUACAACCACCAAGCCGGUGACCUGACCAGAUGGUGUUUAGCAAAUGGAACAUUGAACGGAACAGAACCCGUCUGCUCUGUCGUGACCUGCAAUGUGUCAAACGUUCCUAACGCGAUUGCUAACCAAUCAGUGAUUGACAUCAACAAAUCCGUAACAUACGAAUGUAACGCAACAUACAACCAUCAAGCCGGUGACCUGACCAGAUGGUGUUUAGCAAAUGGAACAUUGAACGGAACAGAACCCGUUUGUUCUGAUCAAACUUCAACCGCUACACCAACGAGUUCCACAACAAAAUCACCAGUCACAAUAUGUACAGUUCCAUCCAUCGCAUAUGCUUCUUCCGUACCGCCACAUCCUCAUACGGUUGCAAUCGAUGUGGCUGUCACAUUUGCUUGUGACGGCGGUUACGAACUUUCCGGUGACGCAACAAUUUCCUGCCAAGCUGAUGGGAGUUUCAAUGGCACUCAUCCGACCUGCUCGAGAAUAAAUUGCACGGUACCAUCGGCUGCAAAUGCGAACAAAUCGCCGAAUCUUAUGAUCGUCGAUUAUGGAGUUUCCGUCACAUACACAUGCAUCAGCGGUUUUGACCUUUCUGGUGAGGCAACAAUUAAAUGCUUAUCCAAUGAAACCUUUGAGGCCUCCGUUCCAUCAUGCGCAGCUACAACUCGAGAGAGUUGCGGUCUUCACCUCGCAUUUGGCACAAGUGCGGGCGAUACAACAAGCCCAAAGUCAGAUGACAGUUGUCGAGUUGAAAUUGCAACAAACUAUAACAUACCUUUCAUACGUGGCGCGGGAUAUAGGCGGGUUUAUAUUUGUCCAAAUGGACUUAUGUGUUUAGGUCGGAAGUAUGAAGGAUAUACAAUACCGCAAAGAAAUAGAAGAGUAAACUCAGAGUUCGCGGGGUCGUUUUGUCUAGCUCCUUAUUUUACUGACUUGAAUCCGAAUAGCGCCGGAAAUGUAUUUUACCAAGUUUACGAUAGCCUCAGCUCCGAUGUCGACCAGACAGUUUAUUCUAAAGUAAAGGCAUUAGUUGCCACUCAGUAUAACACCACGAACUUCCUGCCACAGUACAUUGUCAAAGCCACAUGGGAUCAAAUUCCCCGAUUUGGUGGCCCUGAUUCAGAGAACGUGACAUUUCAAGGUAUCUAUACCACAGACGGUACCCAUGCGUAUGCACUUUAUUCAUACCUGUCAGAAGGAAUGAACUUCGAAAAUGGUGAUCAAUUUAUAGGCUAUAUCAACGAUGGCUAUGCUUUUGGUGAAUUUGAAACUUCGGCUGAUGGCUCAUUUUUACGCCGCCCGGACGCGAAUUUGGAACUUUCUGGUGCUUCAGGAUGCAUCGGUGGGGCAACAUAUGACGUUUCAGUAGAUGAAGCGACUCUACGCAAUAGUAGAUUAGAAUGUCUUUCAUGGCAUAAAAACGAAUCUGUCAAAAAGCGCUCUUAUGUUGAUCAAUCAAACCAAAUGCCUCUAUGUCCUUGCUUUUACGAGUUCAUGUGGUGGGAUCCGCGGUUCAGUUUAUGGAAUAGGGAGUGGCAAAACGGAGAUGAGGUCAUCAGCGUUCCAUUAAUUACAAGUCGGAGGUCUGUCUUCUAUCCGAACGGAAAGAACUGUGCAUAUAACUGGCGCACAUGGUCUUUUAUCGGCUCAGGGAAGUGGGCUGGCACAUUUACAAGAUACAGCGCUCUUGUUGAUCGUCGAAGUUAUGCAAUCGAGAACACGUACUAUAAACGUGUUUGCUGCGAUAAAGCCGAUCUUUGCGAAAAGUAUUGGGACGUAAGGCCUGUUGCUCGAUCGUGUUAUACAAGAUCGCCAUUUACUUUGAGAGCUCGUGGUUCUGGUGAUCCCCAUAUUAAUACAUUAGAUGGGAAAGGCUAUACAUUCAACGGCCACGGUGAAUACCAGUUGCUUAAUAUCCCUUCAUCAAAUUUGACCAUACAGAGCAGAACACAUCGUGCCGUUAAGGCAGAUGGCAACGCAUCCGAAGCGACGGUGUUUUCCGGGUUUGCUAUUCAAGGAGAUGAAGUUUGGGCUCAGGCGGAACUAAAUGCAGCCAAAACUGGAAUUUUACUGUUCGUGGGCAACAACAAAAGUAGCUGGUCCGAUUUCACGGACACGUACAACAAUGAAACUGCAGAAGAAGUGAUAAGAAAUUAUGAAGGCAUUAUAGUGUCCGUUUCCCGAAAUGACUCGCGAGCAAUAAAAACCAGAAUCUCGAUUGUUUUAACAGAUUUAGGCGUCACCUUUAAUGUUUCACUUGGUUCAAGGCUUCUUCAGAUGGGCAUCAGCAUGGACGCAGAUUUGAAGAACAAAGACGCAGUGGGUCUUCUGGGAAAUUACAACGAUGAUCCACAUGAUGAUCUUGUGCCUAGAGAUCAAACUCAGCCAAUUACAGACACAUCUGAGAGUAACAUAUUCCAGGCUUUUGGACAGACGUGGAUGACGACUGAAGCAGAGUCCAUAUUCAAAUAUGAUGAAGGGUUUACACACCGUAAUUUUUCUCAUCCGGAGUUUACACCGCAGUUUUUGGAGGAAGCGAAUCAAACCAAGAUACAAGAGGCGAAUACAACAUGCAAUGGAAAUAUCCAGUGUAUUUUUGAUUUUGUGUUCACCGGGGACAGACAACUCGCAUUGCAAACCGGAAGUACUGAGGAAUUAGCAGAUGAAGCGAUUGCAGAUGCAAGUAACGUGGUACCAAAUAUAACAGUUGUAUCAGGACUUACAACGGAUAAUGAAACCGGCCAGCACUUUUUAAACGUUGAAAAGGACACAGAAGCUAGUUUCAUAGUAAACGGAGAGGAUGACGGAACAGUUACAUAUGAGUUUGCUGACAAUACUGACAACGUAGCAGCAUUUUCUGAUCCUGCCUCAGGGAAUGGGAAGGAAAUAAAGUUUACAUUAAGUAGCCUUGACGUCGUGAAAGUCAGCGUCUUUGUUCGUGAUGACAAAAACGUAACCUCCUCAGAAAUUGAGGUCACAAUCAUCUACUGCAAUGGUUGUACUGGAAACGGCCAGUGUAAUUACAAUAGUCACAGAGAAGGAGAGGGAACAGAUAGCUUCCGAAUUGCCGUAUGCGAUUGCCCUUUCAAUUGGGAAGGGAAUGACUGCGAAACGGACUUUAACGGCUGUGCAUCCGACCCUUGUGCUAUUGGUCAGAAUUGCUCGGAUGUUCUUGCUGUCGAUCACAUAGAGAAUGGCGAUGCUUAUACCUGCAGUGAUUGUCCGGAUGGAUACGCUGUCAGAGGAACAAAAUGUGAAGAUAUUGACGAGUGUAAUACCACCACUCCAUGCAAUUCCAACAGUGUUUGCACCAAUACGCUCGGUAGUUACUACUGCACGUGUAACUCGGGCUUUAGGCUUUUAACUUCAGAUAGAACAAUUUGCCUUGAUAUAAAUGAGUGUAAUGAGGCCACCUCUGAAUGUGAUCAAAUAUGUGACAACACAGCUGGUUCCUUCGCAUGCAGUUGCUUCCCGGGGUUCAACCUGACGGGCUCUGUGUGUACUGCAGCGACAACCCCUGAUGUGUGUAAUACGAUCGACUGUGACGGUGCGAAUGGGUGCACGACGGACGCCGACAACAAUGCAAAGUGCUUCUGUAAUGCAGGAUACAGCCUCAUACCGGAAAAUAACACGUGCAUAGAUACAAAUGAAUGCGACAAUGGUCCUUGCUCCCAAACCUGCUCGAAUUCCAAGGGUAGUUUUAGAUGUGGCUGCUUGACAGGAUAUCAACUUGGGGCAGACAGAGUGUCCUGUACACAAUGUCCCUAUCCAACCUUUGGUGAAAACUGUGCAUCUACCUGCCGAUGUGGAAGAGGGGCAAACAGAUGCGACUCCGUGAGGGGAUGCGUCUGCAAUUCUGGAUGGCAGGGGGUCAACUGCGAUGCGGAUAUUGAUGAGUGCGAUACGCCAAAUGUUUGUAACGAUGCCAACAAAGAGUGUGCUAAUACUAUUGGGUCUUACACGUGUUCAUGUCUAAGUGGUUAUAACAAAGCCGCGAACGGAACAUGUCUUGACGUUAACGAGUGCGAGUCAGACCAGCUGAACACGUGCGAACAGUCGUGUACCAACUCUCCCGGAAGUUUCGUUUGCUCCUGUAACACGGGAUAUAAUGUGGAUCCAGGCAACGCUUUGAUGUGUGUCGACUAUGAUGAGUGUGAUGCAGGAGUUUCCGGCUGUCAGCAGAAAUGCCUUAAUUCAGUUGGAAGAGUUAGCUGUGAAUGUUAUUUCGGAUACCGUUUAAAUGACGACAGGAAGUCCUGUUACCAAGUGCAAGACGUGUGUGCUGAAGAGUUCGCCAACUUUGGUUGCUCCCAUAUAUGUAAGGUAGAAAACCAGCAGGCAUUCUGUCUGUGUGAAACGGGCUAUGAGUUGUCUACUGACACCAAAACAUGCAUAGAUAUAAACGAGUGUUUGACAAACAACUCCUGCUCAGAUAUUUGCACCAACAAAGAUGGAGGUUAUAACUGUGCAUGUCCAAGGGGCAAGAAACUUGCAAAUGACGAAAGAACUUGCAUGGUAUGUGAUUCCAACCAUUACGGUGACAACUGUGAUCUGGAAUGCAACUGUGGUAUCGGGUCUUCUCGCUGUGACAGUCAAACAGGUUGCGUAUGCAAAUCAGACGGUUGGAUUGGCGCCAAAUGUGACCAGGAUACGGACGAAUGUGACAUAGGAACACAUAAUUGCACAGGAACCAACGAACAAUGUAAAAACAUCCCCGGAUCAUUCAUAUGCGUGUGUUCACCUGGAUACCAAAGAAAUGCAGAAAAUAUAUGUGAAGAUAUCGUAGAGUGUAUAAUUCCAUCACUGCAUAACUGUAGCCAACAGUGUGAGAACGUGCCGGGAUCUUUCACGUGCAGCUGUUAUGAUGGCUUCAGGAAGUCACGCAAUUUGUGCAAUGAUGUGAACGAAUGCUCAACAAGUACUCACGGCUGUGGGCAAACUUGCGAAAAUACAAUCGGAAGUUACCGAUGCACUUGCAAUGAUGGGUACAGAUUGGACCUUACAGACUUCAAAACUUGCAUCCCCUCAAAUGAAUGCUCCAACAGCAGCUAUUGUGGUGACAACGCUGAUUGUGCCAAAAUCGGUGGGAUUGACACGUGUACCUGUCAUACGGGUUUCCAGUUCGAGUCCGAAUCGGUGACGAUUUGUGAAGACAUCAAGGAAUGUGAUUCAGCUCCCUGUACCCAAGAGUGUAUAGAAAAAGUUGGCUCAUACGAAUGUGUCUGUAACCAGACCGGAUUCAAACUGGAUGUAGAUGCCACAACAUGCAUAGAAUGUCCCCAGGGAGAGUACGGUCCAAACUGCACAGAAUCGUGUGAUUGUAUUGAAGCAAAUACUGACAUAUGCGACCCUAUAGACGGCACAUGUAAUUGCAAGUCAGGAUAUAACCUUACAAAUUGCUCAAAUGACAUAAACGAAUGUGAAGAUGGAUCGGCAGUAUGUCCAACUAAUUCCGAAUGUUUCAAUAUGCCUGGAUCGUAUACUUGUAAAUGCACAAGUGGAUAUUUGAAAACUGCAGUAGGCCAAUGUCAAGAAUGUUCUAACAGUAAGUUUGGUGAGAACUGUGCCCAAAUCUGCGCAUGCAACAUGACAAACACAGACAUUUGUGACAAGGUCACCGGAGAUUGCCAAUGCAAUGAUUUCUGGAAAGGAACUACUUGCAACGAGGAUGUUGACGAAUGCAAUCCGGGUGGAUCCUUUUUAAAUCCAUGCGCAGUAAAGCAGCAUACAACAUGCAACAAUAAAUAUGGAUCUUAUGAAUGCAAUUGUAUUGCUGGCUAUCAGGAAGACGCUACUGGCUGUGUAGAAAUAAAUGAAUGCUUAACCCAAUCCGGAAUAUGCCAUCAGGAUUGCGUGAACACCCCUGGUUCAUACACAUGUGUUUGUUCACCGGGAUUUUCUGGAGACGGCGAAACAUGUACACCAUGUGAGAGUAACAAAUACGGCAAGGAAUGUGCUAAUGUGUGCGAAUGCGUCGAAGCGAACACUAAAAACGCGACACAAGUAUGUAACGCAGCAACAGGAGUAUGUGAUUGUAAAGCAACAUGGACAGGAACUAAAUGUGAUACCGACGUAGACGAAUGCGCUAAUCCAACAAAGUUCACAUGUCCUGCAAAUUCAAACUGCUCAAACAAAAUGGAGGGCUACGACUGUAUAUGUAACCGAGGCUUUUUAACUGUGGAUGAUGGUUGUUCAGCUUGCAGUGGAAACACUUACGGUGAUAGUUGUAACAACAUGUGCGAUUGUAAGACUGAUCAUGCCGAAACGUCUGAGCAGACGUGCAACCACACAACAGGCGCGUGUAUGUGCAGGGCUCAGUGGGGUGGUUCUCGGUGUGAGAUAGAUGUGGAUGAGUGCACAGAUCCGCUGCUCAACAACUGUACUGCACAAAAUAAAUACUGUCACAACAUCAUUGGUGGACAUAAUUGUUCAUGUUUGCGCAACUACCAAGAGAACAGUAAUGGCACCUGUGUGCUAUUUACUGCUACUACCACAACAUUAGCUCCAGAAGAGGAUGGUAUAGAAGUGUUUAUCGUUUUCCAAAUUCCCGCAACGACAUUGCAGAAUGUAAAUUUCUCGGUAGCCAUCACUUUUCAGGAAUGGGCAGACGAUGUUGGAGAAACGCUUUUGAAAUACUACAUGGCGAAAAUGGGAAACAGAGUUAAAAGAGUCAAUGUUUUUCACAUUGAAAUUGGCAGUCUCAAAGUUAAUGCUACAAUAAUUAAAGAUGAUUCUGAGGAGGCUGCCCAAUUGCUCAGUCAAGCCACAAGUGAAUUAGAUAACGUCAUGUUGGAAGUCAAUGGUGAAAACUAUACCGCAACAGCUAGUGCGUUGGCUGGUGUUCAAAUUGACCACAAUGCCGGCCCAAACAAAUUGUUGUGUGACCUGUUUAUAGUGGAUCGUGGUUCAUGUGGCGAUAAACAAGUGUGUGUCGUCAUAAACACGAAACCCGUCUGCCAGCCAGUGAAAAGCGAAGACAACCUAAAUCUUGUGCUUGGACUUGGGAUUGGAUUUCCACUGUUCUUUUUAUUGGCUAUCGUCAUUUUCCUGGUAAUAAAGAUAACAUUGAAGAAGAGACGAGAGAAAAGGAGAUUCUACACUGAGGAGAGUAUGGGGCUAUCGGGUUUCCCGAACAACGGAUUUUUCCCGACUGCAAUGCCUACCAAAAUCAACACAUGGGGAAGGAACGAUUCAGCAUACAGACCUCAGGAAUGGGAAGUGGAAAGCUCAACAUCUUCCGGAAGUUCCGACGAUGUUCGCCGGAAGCGGAAGUACAAGGGACGCGAAAACUAUGGUGAAACACAGGUUUAUGGUAACCAACAAUCCAAUUUCUCAUGGGACUUUAUGUUCAACCACAUAAAUCCGAAUGAACCGUACCGCAUCCAGCGUCCUCAAUAUCGGCCAAAGCCUUGAAAAUUUCAUCCUAAGAUUGCAUGCAGAGAUUUUCAUCUAAUGCUGUAUAUAUGCUGCUAGCGGAUUGAUUUAGAAAAGAAUAUCACCUCAUUCUUCUUGAAAUAAAGAGAUUUCGGUGAUAAAACAAUGAAUUUAUCAAAAGACAAAGGUGUAAAUAUUGCUUUCAUAUAAUUCUACAGACCAUAUAUAUAUAUAUAUAUAUAUAUAUAUAUAUAUAUAUUAUUUUUGGAAUAAUCAUCAUGUACUGUGUUAGUUAAACAUUUAUGGCACGCAUUAAAUGACACGUGAGUUAUGCUUCGGUGAUACUCUCGUUCUGCAUUGACAAUAAAUGCGGCUCAAAUGCUGCUAAAAUGUAUACUAACAAACGGAGCUAAUUCAGUGAAAUUGGUACAUAUUUACAUUAUGUUGUGUAUUAUGGGCUGUAUGUAUAUGGUUGUUUUCACUUCAAACUACAAGAGUUAUUUUCUUCGUGAGGGUAUCUUUCAUCAAAUUCAUUUAUAUUUUAAUUGUUUUUAAAUCAUGUUUGGCAAUUGUCGCGAUAAGUGGGGCUUAUUUUAUCUGACAAUAAAGUUGUUCAGUCAUUAGCUUGUUAAUAUAUUCUUCUAUUUGAGUCAUAGCUUGCUUUCAUGUCGCUACCAGACGUAGUAAGUACAACUGCUAACAUUUCCCUAUAGACAUACACUUAGUACGAGGGAAACUGCUCUUGUAAAUGUUGAACCCAAAUCUGUUUCUUGAUCUUUUUUAUAUUAUGAUUAUAUCUUGUAUAUCUUGUAUUCUCAAAGUAUAUUUAAAUCCAACCUACCAGGUUCGUAUAUUUUCUUAAUUUGCACGUACUAUUAUAUAGCUUUUACAUUUAAUUCAUACAUUAUUAUCCAAAUGAAAUUCAAAUUGCGUGCAUCUUAUAUUCCAAAACUAAUUGUAUUAGAUACAUGUAUUUUUUUUUCAAACCAAUGGAAAUGUGUUCAGUGCCAGAAGUUUACCAUUUACAUUAAGAGACCUGAUUCAACAUUUUCCAAUUAAAGUCAUGAUUAUUUGAGUGAUUUGACGCGUUUAUUGUUUUUUUUUUUCACUCAUUGGUAAUGGGACUGAAGGUACAACGACAAAACUAUUUGUUUAGAAUGGUGAUUCUGUAAAUAUUAUUGUGUUUCAUUUCAUUGACUCUCAUCAGCAUUUUUGUAUGACUAUGCACAUGCUGUCAGCUAUUUUUAAACGUAACCAUAUUAUUAUAUAAUGGAAAUAUACUGUAAUAAAUUUUAAAGUUG